AUGAUCACACUCUUUGUGGCUCUUUACUCUCUGCUUUGUCUCUGCACAACUGGAAACACUUCUGACAUCAAGGAGCUUCAAGUGAAAACAGCAAAGCCUGGAGAAGCUGUAACGAUGGAGUGUAACAUUAGUGAGGUCAGAAACAAAAAGAGUUUUGCUUGGUACAGACAGAGUUUUGGAAAAGUGCCACAGGUUUUUGCAAGAGAGUACGUUGGCACUCCUGGCUACACAUUUUUCGAGGGAUUUAAUGAUAGCCGCUUCAGUGUUACUGUAAAGGACCAAAAGUUUGAUCUCAACAUUAAAGAAAUAAGAGAAGAUGAUGGAGGAGAAUAUUUCUGUGGAUAUGUGGAGGGAAGUACAAUAAAGUUCACAUCUGGAACACGUCUGCAGUUUGAAGGUGAAGAGAUGAAACCCUGUCCUACACCUGGAACACUUAACAAGAACACACACUCUGUUACACACCAGGGUUCAAACAGCAGUGAUGGAGAAGGUAAAGAGAUGAAACCCUGUUCUACACCUGGAACACAUGACAUCACAUCUACUGGUUCCAGCUCUACUGAUCAGAUGCGUGUGCUGUUCUGGCUCUCUGUUUCUAGAGUUGGAGUUCUUGUCUUCAUUAUUUUUCCAACGAUGCUGAUUAUAAACUCCUCCCACUGUCUCCCACAGAUAAACCCCUCCCACUGUCUCCCACAGAUAAACUCCUCCCACUGUCCAGAACAUUCUGUAGAGCUUCAGAAACCUGUCAUUAUCAGAUAA